AUGGCCGAUAAUAGUACAUUUCAAGAAGGGUUUAAUUCUACCUAUUCAGACAAUUUCAACGGUACCUUUAAUGGUACUUUUAAUGGUACUUAUAGUAAUAACACAAAUGGUACUUUUACCGAUACAGAAGAGAAAGUUGAAACAAUUCCAAUUUCUUUUUAUACUCCAAUCAUUUAUGCAGUGAUCUUAAUUGUUUCAUUGAUUGUCUUUGCUAGACGUUAUAAAGAAAGUAGGCUUCAAAAAUUGGCUGAACAACCAGAAAUCUUUGAUGAACAUGAUGCUAAGGAGUUAUAUUUUGAAUUGAAAGAAAUGAGUACAAAAGAAAAGAUACAUGAAAAAGUAUUAAAAGCUGCUUUACUAAAUCGUGGUGCUGAAGCCAUAAGACGUACUUUAAAAUUAAAGGAAUUAGGUCCACAAAUUGAAUUGAUGUAUAAAAAUGGAUCUGUUGGUGAAGAUUAUUGGGAAAGAUUUCAAGCUGAAACUAAGUUCGUUGAAGUUGAAUUUAGAGAUACUAUACAAGAGUCUGAAAACUUACAACCGGGCUGGCCUAAAAUGUUUGCUGCUCUAUGUCAAGAAAUUUGUUUCAAUCAAGCUUUAAGUAGACGUUAUCAAUCUAUCUUGAAACGUAAAGAAAUUUGCAUAAAGGAAUGGGAAUUAAAAUUAAAUAGUGAUGGUACUUUGGCUAAAUAA